GCUGCAUAUCCUUAUCACAGCUUUCGGCUUUGUAAAUUAAUUCAUCUGCAAAUAGUGCCCCUUCUCCAGAUGCAGCUUCAGUGUCAGAGUGCUGGGUUUUAAGGAUUUAAGUUUAAAGUCAAAGGCUUCCUGCUGUAGGUGUUACAAAAAAGUGGUGUCCUUUCUUUUUUUGCUCCGGGUCUGUUCACCCAAUCAUAUCCCAAUAUGCAAAUAAAUGUUAGCGAGUGUGCAGAUAAAAAGGAACAAAUAAAGCCAAGUGCUGUAUCAGAAUCAAAUUGCUGAGCCUGUCACCUGUGCUCCCGGAGCUGAACCAGAAAUGUUGUCCUCAGCAAAGCCAGAUUUACCUGCCCCACUGACUGAUUUGAAGAUCCAGUAUACUAAGAUCUUCAUAAACAAUGAAUGGCAUAAUUCAGUGAGUGGCAAGAAAUUUCCUGUACUUAAUCCUGCAAAUGAGGAGAAAAUCUGUGAGGUAGAAGAAGGGGAUAAGGCAGAUGUUGACAAAGCAGUGAAGGCCGCCAGACAGGCCUUUGCCAUCGGCUCUCCAUGGCGUACUAUGGAUGCUUCCGAGAGGGGCCGCCUCCUGUACAAGCUGGCUGACCUAUUUGAAAGAGAUCGUCUGCUGCUGGCUACAAUGGAGUCAAUGAACGCUGGAAAAUUAUUUUCUGAUGCGUAUCUGUUGGAUUUAGGCGGCUGCAUAAAGACGUUACGCUACUGCGCAGGCUGGGCGGACAAGAUCCAGGGCCGCACCAUACCUGUGGAUGGAGACUUCUUCACAUACACAAGACAUGAACCUAUCGGAGUGUGUGGCCAAAUCAUUCCUUGGAAUUUCCCGUUGCUUAUGCUGGCGUGGAAAAUAGGACCUGCCCUCAGCUGUGGAAACACAGUGAUCGUUAAACCCGCAGAGCAAACUCCGCUCACGGCUCUUCAUGUGGCAUCCUUAAUUAAAGAGGCAGGUUUUCCCCCUGGAGUGGUGAACAUUGUCCCUGGCUAUGGGCCCACUGCAGGGGCAGCCAUCUCCUCCCACAUGGAUAUUGACAAGGUGGCCUUCACAGGAUCGACAGAGGUUGGCAAAAUAAUCAAAGCAGCUGCUGGGAACAGCAACCUGAAGAGAGUCACCCUGGAACUGGGAGGAAAGAGCCCCUGCAUCGUGUUUGCCGACGCCGAUCUGGACAAUGCUAUUGAACUCUCCCACCGAGGCCUAUUCCACCACCAGGGACAGUGCUGUAUAGCUGCGUCCAGGCUUUUUGUGGAAGAAUCAAUUUAUGAUGAGUUUGUUCGGAGGAGUGUUGAGCGAGCUAAGAAAUAUGUUCUUGGAAAUCCACUGACCCCAGGUGUAAACCAAGGCCCUCAGAUUGACAAGGAACAGUAUAAUAAAGUUCUGGAGCUCAUCGAGAGUGGAAAGAAACAAGGAGCCAAACUGGAAUGUGGUGGAGGCCCCUGGGGGAACAAAGGCUACUUCGUCCAACCCACAGUUUUCUCUAAUGUGACAGAUGAGAUGCGCAUUGCCAAGGAAGAGAUAUUUGGACCAGUACAACAAAUCAUGAAGUUUAAGUCUCUGGAUGAUGUCAUCAAGAGAGCAAACAAUACUACUUAUGGAUUAUCAGCAGGAGUUUUUACCAAAGACCUUGACAAAGCAGUGACAGUCUCCGCCGCUCUGCAAUCAGGGACAGUGUGGGUAAAUUGCUAUAGUGUCAUCUCUGCUCAGUGCCCCUUUGGAGGAUUCAAAAUGUCUGGAAAUGGAAGAGAACUGGGAGAAUAUGGUCUCCAUGAAUACACAGAGAUCAAAACUGUCACAAUGAAAAUCUCUCAGAAGAACUCAUAAAGCGCAAAAGUGGAGAGAAGAUUCUUCAAUAAUUCAGCAUCUCCUGUAGUCCCCAGUAUAGUGGAAUUUAAAUAUGAUUUUUUUCAGAAUUUUUUAAACAUAAGCUAAUUGUAUUAGUAUUACACAUCAACUUUAGCUUAUUGUGAAAGAAUCAUUUUGCUUUUAACAUGUGACCCUAAGUCCUAGCCUGCAAGACAUGGAUGGAAUUGUAUGUAAGAUCUCUCUAGUUCUGUCAUAACCGCGUGCUUUACUCUGUAACUGUUCUGAAGAUAAUCAGUUUAUGGUACAGGACCAGUAGUCAUGUAGGUUUUUUCCCUUAAUGACUCCUUGAAGUACUUACUGUCUGUGUUAACUGCAGAGUAAGUUGCUCUGUUCCCAACACUUACACUGUCCUUGAAGUGUUUUGAAAUGCUUCCUAGAAUGUCUAGUCUGCUUGUCAAAUUAAAUAUUUAAUUGUAGUCUGAAUAUGAAGCUGAAUAAAAGCCUUGCAUGAAUCUUA